AUGUUCUCUGUUGUCAAGGCUAUUGUCCUCUUCGCUGGUGCUGCGCUCGUCGCUGCCGAGUCGCACACUGUGACCUUCCACAACAACUGCGGUUCGGGUACCCCCCAGCUUGAGCAGAACUUCCAGACGCUGCACUCCGGUGACGGCUCCUACACGCACAACGGCCCGCUCUCCGCGGCCAUCGCCUACCUUCAGACCGGUAGCUGCGGUGGCAGCGCGGAUGGCUGCACGCUCCUCGAGCUCACCCUCCAGAACCCCACUUCCCCGGGUGCCGGCUCGAGCGUCGACGUCUCGCUCAUCCCGCCCCACACUUACUCCGUCAAGACUGGCUUCUCGUACUCGAACGGCUGCGACGGUCAGGGCAAGACUUGCGCUUCUGCUGACUGCCCCGAGGCCUUCCACGUCACUGACGACUACGGUGCCCAGGUCCAGUGCGAGGCUAACGAUGUGCGUAUCACAGCUAUCGACUCCUUCACGAUCACCUUGCUGACUGUUCACUCAGGUCAACCUCGAGGUCACCUUCUGCUAGAGGGUGGGCGUCCGAACUCCUCAUGUUCGCGAAUGGGCCAAGUGUUGGGAUAUAAAUUAUUGUAUUUAUCCUACAGCGGGCCCCGCUCAUGA